UGCGGACAGCGGGUGGCGGUGUUUUGUCCCUAGACAGGAAGUGCAAGACGUCCACAUCACAUCCGUGAACCAGAACAGCAACAAAAGAUCUGAGGCUGUCCCAUCAAACUUUCACUCAGACAGUCUGUAGAUGCCAUCUGGAGCUCCAAAGGGGGAGAACUGUGUUCCAGACAUGGACAGCAAGGCUGGAGAUCUGUUCAGUGCGGAGGAUGCUCAUCCAACUGGAACAGGUGGAGCUGGAGUGUUGGCAAAGCUCUGGCUCCCUAAAGGCUUCUCAGCCAGUAUGGCUAAAGAGUGGAUCGACAAACGGCGACUGUCUAUUAGACCCUGGGCCAGUUUCGUAGAUCAACGCAAGUUCUCAAAACCUCGCAACUUUGGAGAGCUGUGUCAGAGGGUGGUGAAAAAUGUGGAAACUUACAACAGCAACUACACGUUCAUCUUCAUGGGUCUCAUCCUCUACUGCAUUAUCAGCUCUCCCAUGUUACUGAUUGCCUUAGCUGUGUUUGUUGGUGCCUUCUACAUCAUUCACCUCAAAUCCCAGGAGUCAAAACUGGUCAUCCUUGGCAAGGAGCUGGGUGUCCCUCACCAGAUGAGUCUGGCCGGAGCGGUUUCUCUACCUGUGUUCUGGUUGGCUGGAGCUGGGGCUGCAGUCUUUUGGGUUCUGGGAGCGACGCUGUUUGUGAUUGGCACUCACGCUGGGUUCCGUGAGCUGGAGGGAUCUGACAUGGAAGAGCUCCUCAUGGAGCCGGUGUGAAGAACAGGCUGAACUCUCAGCAGGUGCUGCUCAGCGAUCAGUCAUCACUUUGACCCUGUAAUAAUGUUGGCCUGGAGGGGUUGGGGAAAAAACUGCUCCUAGAUCUGUUUCUUAUCUCUCUGUGCAUCAUGUAUUCCUUCUAUCUUAACUAUACCAAGAAUGCACCUUGUCUUGCCUCAGAUGUAGUUGCUGUUACAGACUAUAUAAUCUUUUCAAUCUCAUUCAUGCACACAAACUGCAUAAUGUGCUGAUGUAUUGUUAAUGGGUAUUUAAGCACAGUAUCAUGCACACUAAACCCUCUUACUGUCUUUUACAGUGACAUAUCUUUGGGCUUAUUAAUCACCUAGGUCUGUCCGGGAUGUGAAUUUCUUCAGCUUCUGUGUCUCAAUCAUCUGACUCAGUGUCAAAUUCUUUCUGUAAUAAUUAUUUCAGUAGACGCGAUGCUUGCUAUUCUUAACUGUUGUAAAAAACUAUUCUCCAAAGCAAAAGUGCCAUAAAAACUUUAAGAAUAAUGUAUCUCUUUAAAUGAUUCUGGACACUUGAAAAUGUUUUAUUCACAAGAAUGAAAAAAACAUCAAUUUGCUUUUUCAGAAAGGGUCAUUAAAAUAGAUAACCCUCGAUGAGAAGACAUCUUAAAAGGUCAGUAUAUCGUAAUGGGAUUUUGUGUUGUGCUUUGCUGACUGUCAGUGUGCAUAUUUAUCAGCUCUGCUCACAGUAGCUUUUUGAUUCUGUUAUUUUUGGGUGUUUUUGUAUUUAAAUUUCAUUAUGGAAGUGCAAUAAAACCCUGAUGUAAAGUUAAAGUGUAAAGACUUUGAUGUGCAGGUCUUCAUUAUUUUACCUCUUAUUAAUUCAGGCUGUUUUUCUCAUGAGGUGAAAUUAAAGUUGUGUAGGAGUCUUCUGAA